AUGGCGUCCCCACCUGGCGGCUCCCUGAGCCUCCUGCUCUGGCUCCUGCUCCUCCAGCCCCAGCUGGAGGCGGCGCGGGACGGGUCCGCGCCACGCCCACCCUCCCCGGCCCCCCCCCCCCCGUCGUCGUCGUCGGGGGGCGGCCGCGAGGGCCCCGGCGCGAGCCUGGGGAGGGUUGAGGGACCGUCUGCGACCCCGGGGCCCCAAGAGGCUGCUGUAUUCUCCCAGUUGGUGGAACUGAUCCCAGGGUGUGGCCAAGUAGUUGCGAAAAUCUUGGGAGGAAAGGAGGCCGAAGAGGGGAAGUGGCCUUGGCAGGUGAGCGUGAGGAUCAACGAGAAACACGUGUGCAGAGGCUCCCUCAUCACACAGCAGUGGGUGCUGACUGCAGGCCACUGUAUUUUAAGCCAAUUCCACUACAGUGUCAAGAUGGGAGGUCGGAGUGUCUAUAAAGAAAUCACCAGUGUGGUGAUCCCCGUCCGAAACAUCAUCAUCCACCCCGAGCUCUCAGUAGUCGGAACCAUUCAAAAGGACCUUGCCCUUCUCCAGCUCCUCCACCCUGUAAACUUCACUGUGACCAUCCAGCCUGUAUGCAUCCCUCAGAAGACCUUCUGGGUGGAAGCUGGGACCACGUGCUGGGUGACUGGAUGCGCAGAAAAGAGGAAUAUGGGACCCUGACUGUCUGCUGUUCUCCAUGAGGUCGACCAAGACAUCAUGCACCAUGAAAGGUGUAAUACGAUGAUUCAGAAAGCCAUAACAACAAAGAAGAGUGUAGUACUGGAAGGGAUGCUCUGUGGCUAUAAAGAAGCUGGGAAGAAUUCUUGUCAAGGAGAUUCAUGGGGAGAACCCCUCGUGGCUCCCCGGAGCUGGCUGGGCCUGCUCCUUGCUGCCUGGGGGCCCUGCCAAGAGUAG